AUGACUACUAGUAACAUUAACAAGCACCCAGAAACUAAGCCUAAGUGGUGGAAAGAAGCCACCAUUUACCAAAUUUACCCUGCUUCCUUCAAAGAUUCAAACAACGAUGGUUGGGGAGAUCUCAACGGUAUCAGAUCCAAACUUAAUUACGUGAAAGAUCUUGGUGCCGAUACCCUUUGGAUUUCACCAUUCUUUGACUCUCCCCAAAAAGACAUGGGCUAUGAUAUAUGCGACUAUGAAAAAGUUUGGCCAACUUAUGGUACAAAUGAAGAUAUAUUCAAUCUAAUCAAGGAGGCCCAUAGCCUUGAGAUUAAGGUCUUGGUGGACUUAGUUAUCAAUCACUGUUCGGACCAACACAAAUGGUUCAAAGAAAGCAGAUCAAACAAGACCAACUCAAAAAGAGAUUGGUUCUAUUGGAGAAAACCAAAAGGAGUUUGUCCGAAGACAGGUAAACCUUUGGCCCCUAAUAACUGGAGAUCGUUCUUUGGUGGUUCUGCGUGGAAGUACGACAACAAGACAGAAGAGUUUUACCUACAUUUAUUUGCUGUCGGCCAACCUGAUCUUAACUGGGAGAAUGUGGAGUGCAGAGCUGCCAUUUUUGAUAACGCAGUGGGAUUCUGGUUGAGAAACGGUGUCGAUGGAUUCAGAAUUGAUACUGCCUUCCUAUACUCUAAGAUUCCGGGCCUCCCGGAUGCUCCACUUACAAACCCUCUGGAUGACUUCCAGCUGCCUGGCGACCUUGUGUCUAAUGGCCCUAGAAUUCAUGAGUACCACAAGUUGAUGAGACACUAUAUGCUUUCUCAAAUUGAUGAUGGCAGAGUUAUCAUGACUGUUGGUGAGGUCGGAAGUGCCGGUGACGAUGCUAGACUAAAAUAUACUAGCGAGAGAUCACAGGAGUUAUCAGAAAUCUUUACAUUCAGGCAUACUGAUAUUGGUACAUCAGAAAAGUUCAGAUACAGCUUGGUUCCGUUUACUUUGAAGGAAUGGAAGCUUGCUGUUGCAGACUCCUUUCUUUGGAUGAAUGGUACGGACUCUUGGCCUACUACUUACUUUGAAAAUCACGAUCAACCAAGGUCCGUUUCGAGAUUUGGAGAUGAUUCGACACCUAAAUCCCGGGUUGCCUCUGCCAAGCUUUUGGCCUCCUUGCUUAUUUCUUUGACCGGUACAUUGUAUGUCUAUCAAGGUCAGGAACUAGGAUCUGUGAAUUUCAAGAACUGGCCAAUUGAAGACUACGAAGAUGUUGAAGCCCAAACAAAUUAUCGGGUACUUGUAGAGAAGUUUGGCAAGGACUCUAAAGAGGUCAAGAAGUUCGAAGAGGCAUUGGCAUUGAUAUCCAGAGAUAAUGCCAGAACUCCGUUUCCUUGGAAUUCCAAGGGACAAACUGGCGGAUUUAGUGACUCUGCAAAGCCGUGGUUCAAGAUGAAUGAUUCAUUUAGAGAUGGUAUAAAUGUUGAAGAUGAGGCCAAAGAUCCAAAAUCUGUCCUUAACUUCUGGAAAAAUGCCAUUAAAGUCAGAAAGGAGAACAAAGAUAUCCUUGUUUAUGGCUACAACUUUGAGUUUUAUGAGCUUGAUCAUCCUAAGCUUUUUAGUUUUACCAAGGAGUAUGCUAAGCAAACGUUGUUUGCAGUCUUCAACUUUUCUGGAGACAAUGUACAGUUCAAGUUUCCUGAUUCAAACGAAUAUCAGCUUUUCUUUGGCACUCAUGAUGGUGCUGAUGGUGCUAGCGGUAAUUUGAAGCCAUGGGAGGGACGUUUAUACUUCGUUGAGUAA